AUGUACUACAAAGGCAGUGUUCCGGAAGCUGAAAGAAGCGCAAAGAUUCAAACUGCUUUUAGUGCUGAUCGCCUGGAGAAGCUGAAAGAAAAACGAGCUGCAAAAGAACAACAAGAAAUGAAGGCUGAAAAUGCUGUUCAGAAUGAAGGAGUUAAAAAUGUUGCUGAGAAGAUGGUUGAGACUGAACAGAAAGCUAUCAACUUUUACAUCGAGGAGAGUGCAAAGUGGAAACAGGAGUUGGAAACCGAGAACGAGAAUGAGAGAAUCAAACGUUUCGAAGCUUUCCAAGAUGAGAAGUUAAAGAAAAAGGAUACUGGCUGUGUAGCCUUCCUCGCCCACGUAGUCGACAAGGAAACCAAGGAGCCAAAGUUAGAAGACAUCCCGGUUGUGAAAGAGUUUCCAGAAGUCUUUCCAGAAGACUUGCCUGGGCUGCCUCCACAGCGACAAGUGGAGUUUUGGAUUGAUUUGGUGCUAGGAGCGGCACCAGUGGCGAAAUCGCCAUAUCGGUUAGCUCCGUCAGAUAUGCAUGAGUUAUCUACUCAGCUGCAAGAGGAGUUAAACAAGCUGACCAUUAAGAAUCGAUAUUCUCUACCGAGAAUCAACGAUUUGUUCGAUCAACUACAAGGUUCAAGUUAUUACUCCAAUAUCGAUUUGAGAUCGGGUUACCAUCAGUUAAGAAUACAAGAGGAAAGUAUCCCCAAUACGGUUUUUAGAACUCGUUACAGACAUUACGAGUUUCUUGUUAUGCCGUUCGGCUUAACAAAUGCUCAGUCGGUAUUCAUGGACUUCAUGAACCGCAUGUGUAAGCCUUAUUUAGACAAGUUUGUGAUCGUGUUUAUUGAUGAUAUCCUAAUAUACUUGCGAACUAAGGAGGAACACGAGCAACAUUUGCGAGCUAUUUGGGAGCUUUUGAAAAAGGAACAACUUUAUGCGAAAUUUUCAAAGUGCGAAUUUUGGAUUCGCGAGGUACAAUUCCUAUGUCAUGUCGUGAAUGAAAAGGGAAUUCAUGUCGACCCGGCUAAGAUUGAGGCGAUUAAGAAUUGGGAAGCGCGUAAGACCCCUACAGAAGUGCGAUAA